AUGUGCAUCAGUGGUGAGCCAAACGAUCCUUAUCAGACGUUACCUGUUCGUAAAGUUGAGGAGGAAAGAGAUGACGAGAUUUUUGAUGAUGGAGAUUUUUAUCAGCACAUUCUCGUUGAGAUGACCAACAGAAAAAAUAGGAACACAAAAGACAUGAUGGCCAUAAGCAAGCAGUGGGCUGAAUUGAAUAAGUUAAGAAAGACAAAAAAACAAAUAGAUCAGCGGGCCAGCAAAGGCAGAAAAACAAGAGAUGCACUUUUCAAAGAAUUAUUUAAAGACGACGUGAGAGUGGUUGACACUGGAUCCAACUGGAUGUUUGAUGUCUUGGGUUGA